GAGAGGGUUGUGGUUACGGUGUGGAUGUUGCAGCGGGGCUGCGCAGAAAUCGACCAAGGAUGUAGCGUCGGGAGGAGGAUUUUGCACAUGUCCGAUGUCGUCAUUGGGAAGCCACUAUCUCUCGGCCUGCUUCGUAGCGCUUCCUGACGGGAACAUGGAUGAGCAGAGGCUGCCCGUCCGGACUCAUGCGUGAGGCGGGCAGCCUGCAGAAGGUGGCCAUAUGUCUCUGAAGAAGAGCAGCAGCAGCAGAACGCCAGCACUAAGGCCCACAAACAUAUCAACUAGCAACAGCAACACUAAAGCAACUUAAUGGAGAAAACUAGAGGAGUUCCUUUAAGAUGACACGCACAGACCCUCCUAACAUACUGGUAUCAACUGUGCAUCAAGAUAUUAAAGUGGUCCCCAUUUCUUCACACUACAAGUCCUUGCAACCCUCCAAACAAUGUGAUUCUAUAAAUCACAGCACACUGGAAGACAGUAAGAGCAAAGUCAAUAAGAGGCACUGCCGAACCUUUGACUAUAAGUCAUUGGAGUACCCAAAAUCACAAAAAUACUCAAUGGAGUCCCCAUACAAGAAGGCUGAUAGGCAUGCAGCCAACCCAGAUGUUGCAUGGAAUGCUUUGGGCCGCCAGCAGAGAUACCGCUUCUCGGCUCCAGACAUUUUCAGCCAUAGGUUAACUCCUCAACCAAUGGCUGCAGAUAUGACCAGUGAAGUUGUUGUCCCAGAACAAAAAAGAAGGACCAGGUCAAAAAGUGCCCCUAGGGUCCAGACCAGUCUCACCCCUGUAUCUUUUGACGGGUCCUCAUCUUCUGGGAGGAAGGGCAGGGAGUCCCAAAGGGCUCCAAGAGACUCUCGCUGGAGACCAGAAGUAUCACCGCGUAGGGAGUCCUCCCAUGCAGCAACUAGGGCUCAUAUGCAUGAUGUCCAUCCCAUUAAGUUGCAGCCUCAAAUAGGUGACAGCAGUAGAUACUCACCUCACUAUGCUGCUGAUAAUUCUGAAGAUGGAGGGCUGGAUAAACCAGCAACUAGCCCUCAUGUCAGGUGUCGGGUGGACAUCAAACCUGAUGACGGAGCAUUACAUCAUAAAGGACGGAAACAGGCUACACCUCAUGUGGAUAUUCCCUGGCAGAGGCACCACAGUGGGGGAAGUAGGAGUCUGACUGUACCACGCUAUUUCACCUACUCAAGAACACCAACUCCAACUGAUUCGUUAGGUACAGAGGGUAGGCAAGCUUAUCAAUAUUCCCGCAGCAUGCCAAAUAGUUGCCUUCAACCCAUGGAGAUUCCCUUGCAAAGAAUGCCUUCAUCAGGUGAUUACUAUGGUAGGGAGCGCAGAGCUCAUUCCAGUCCUAAUGUGCCAACCAAAUUCUUUUAUGCAGAUGACCCAGGGAGAUAUGUUACUACUGCUCCUCCCCAACCAAGUUCUUGCUUUCAUGAUGAAGGCUACACACCAGGACAAACAUAUACUCCAAAAGUGCAAUAUGUACAAGAUCCAAGGACUCGAAUGGUGCAUGCUGUAGCUACAAGACCCUAUUAUCCUGAGAUGGAGCCCUAUCCUUACUCUGGGCAGACAGGGUAUCCCAAACCCUAUGCAGCAAAUGAACCAGGGCCAUACAUCAUACAGACACCUCCAACAAGAAUAUUCUAUGGCGAUGAUCCAAGGUCUUAUCAAAUCCAGACUGCUCCGCCAAGGUUUUAUUAUUCCAGUGACAUGUAUGCAAUGCCACCAGAGCAUCAUGUCCCAGCAAGGGCGUAUUACACAGAGGGCCGGAGACAUGCUAGAGUGAUUCAGGCACAAACAGAUGACUGGUAUGGCUCAGAUGCAUCUGGUUAUUCCACCAAUCCUGCCUCUUAUGUAUCUCAAGUCACUCCAACCAGAGUUUGUCAAGAGCCUGCGUUAACACCAUGGUAUGCCAACCCAUGUGUAGAACCGCAAAGAAUUGGCACAGAUUCAAAAUCGUACUCAAGGUCCUGGGACAAUAUUCUCAACUCUCGUGUAGAGAAGGAACAGCCUCUUCCUGUACAGCGGGGUCAGAGCUAUGAUGAUCUUCUUGACUCAAGGAAGCCUGCAGCAGCUACAGGUGACAAACCACAACCAGUGGUAGUAAAUCUUUCCAGUUCACCAAGACGCUACGCAGCCUUAUCAUUGUCUGAUAACUCACUAAUUGACAAAAGCCCAACAGAGACAUCAAAGAGCACUGCUAGUAAACUCUGGUUUGUCACUCCCGAGAUAACAAUCACUGAUAAUGACAUUCGACCAGGAAAAAUUAAUAAGGCGGAAGGACGGUCUGCCAGUUGGGACAUCCUUGACUCCAGAAGCACCCAGCAGGGUCCAGAACUGUCUCAGCGUGACUUUGAAAGCUCAACCAAAGAGAAGACACACGACAAUGCCUCCCUACAGCAAAGCCUUGAACAACUUGAUGAGCUUCUGGCAGAUCUUGUGACAGAUUACAAGCCACCCAGUAGAAGGGCGAGUGAGGACAUUCUUGAUCAACUAAAGAAGUUAAUUGAUGAGGAAGAAGCAGUGUCUCUGUCCAGGAAAAGUUCAAGGGCAUGUACAGAGGAACCAGCUCCUCUUGACAAACAGCCAAUGUCAAUAAGAAUGAAUCCUGAUGCUUUUCGAGACAUGGACGGGGCCAGUGAUGCAAUGAAGAGUGCCGAUGAGUGCUCCCCAGAUCAGAGCCCAGAUGAGGAUGAUACAAUGAUGUGCUCUAACAACAAAUGCCGGAGGACAGAGACCCUGUUUAAUGCUUGCCUAUAUUUUAAAUCCUGCCACAGCUGCUACACUUACUACUGCUCUCGUAACUGUCGCAGGGAGGACUGGGACAUUCAUAAAGAAAGCUGCCUGUAUGGAAGAAUUGGCAGCAUAUGCCGUCACAUCAUCAAACACUGCCGGGAGACUGUUGACGUCCACAAAGCCUUUUCCCGUAUUGCCAAAGUUGGCUACCUUUCUCGAGGAAGAGGAGUCCUGUUCCUCGGUUUUCCAAAUCCUGCGUCAUCCAGUAAUUUCCUGCAGUAUGGCCUGGAUAGUCUACAUAUGUCUCCUACAUACCUGUCCCUCCGAGAGCUUGAAAGCUUCAAGGACAACCUAGGGGAGUACUGUAAGGAGCUGCAGGAAGCUGGUAAAGAGUACGACCCUAACGAAUGUUUUAUCUUGAAUGUAUCCAUUGCUGUUGGUGACCAAUUGCCUGACGGGCCAUCGCCAAGGAACCAAGCUCCAACUGUCAGAAAAUAUGCAAAGGUAGCACUGGCUUCCUUCAGCCCUGAGAGAAAGGUUCACAAGAAAGAAAGUGACAUGGAAACGCUUAUUCUCACUCCACCCCCUGGAACAGCAGAUAUUGACAAAGAGGGAGAGGAAGGCAGGAAGGCUAGGGAAAUCUGUUUUAUAAAUAUACAACGGGAGUUAAGGAUUCGAGGGGUUUUCCUACGCCAUGAAUACCCACGGGUAUAUCAGCUGCUCUGUGAGUUUGUGGAAAGUAACAGAAGGUUCACACCCACAACUAUUUAUCCUAUUGAUAAGAGGACCGGUAAACAGUUUAUGUGCAUGAUUAUGGCUGCCUCUGAGCCCAGGACGUUGGACUGGGUAGGCACCCCGCAUCUCCUUGAUGACAUUAUUUAAAUGCACCUUUUGUUGUAAAUAUAUAUGUAUAGAAAUACAUAUAUAUUGUUACACAUAUUUAUAUAUCAAUCCAAUUACAAACAUUUGUAGAUAAGUAUUUUGUUAUCAAAAUUAUAUAUAUUCAUGUCUGCUUGGUCAGUAUUAUUCUUUUUCAGAAUAUUUCCUGUCAGGUGCAGAAUGAGUACAGUACAUUAUUUAUUUUAAUAAUUUUAACAAGUAAUUACCUUUUAUCCAAAACAAGUUAUGUAUCUGUAUCCUGGUCAUUUACUGUUACAACACAUUCCCUUUGGUAGGGAUUACCUUAGAUGACAUUAUGGUAUUUUGAUUUUUGCAAAUUACUAGCAAAAAUGAUUAGCAGUUAUUACCAUGUUUUUAAAACUCAGCCUCUUUAAAUGAGAGAGUCCAUUUCUGUAAGUGACUACAUGACUAUUUUUCAUAUGCGACUUUAAUGGUAUAUCAUGCUGAAUAUUAUUAAAAACAAAACAUUAUUUUCUUAGCUACAGAAAUACUUUCUAUGCAAAG